UUAAAACUAAAACGCUGGCUAUUUAACAGUGCAAUGCUCCCGAUUUCUCCCACCAGUGGGAACCUGUGGGCACCAAGUGGCUCUGACAGGGAGGCUAAGAUACAUGCAUCUUGAGCUGGGUCUGUACCUGGGGCAAGUUUACCCACGUUUCUACUGAGCAGAUAUCAUUUCUGACCUGUUCUAUGGCAUUCGCAGGCCUUCCACUUAGAAAAGAAAAGAUCUGAGGAACGGUCUCUUCCAUGCAAGUUGCAAUGCCAGGUGUACAAUAGAGGCUCCAGGGUAUGUGUAAUUAAGAGGUGUAGGGGAAAACAAGGACUUGGCUCGUCAUAUAUAUAAGGCAUAUGGCUAAUUGCCACUCAAUGAAUUUUGAGUAAUACUGGGAUUCAACUAGGCAGAUACCAGGGUAUUUAAGGCAGGAGAUAGCAGGAGGAUGUGGCUCUAUAUACCAGCGAGGCUAGGUUAGGUCAAGAUACCCGCAAAAUAAGAGGAGUUAACCGUUUGACGGCUCUAGGAACCUCUUACCACAGUGCGCUAUAACUAGGUGGUCCGUGCGCAGAACAACUACAUGGCCGUUUUUUUGAUCAAAUAUUUCGGUCGCGGCUGUAUUUUGGCCAUCUGCGUUGCAAGCUGAAGCACGGCAACUGUAGGCGACGACGAGAAUUGCGGGCGCUAACAAAAAGCAAUGGGCGCCCGCAGCGUGCACAUACCCCUGGUUGCAGUAUUUCCUAAUCGGGGUUUGAAUAGAAAACAACGAUCUACAAGAUGUAUUGGCGUGAUUAUUAUAUUUUAUGCGGAGACGGCAGAGGAAAAGCCAGUUCAUCGGACUUGUGUAGCUGAAAAGCCGCACCCCGGCGUCUCGUGAGGGAGUGAUGUAGCCUCAGAUUCCGACAAGCCCAAACAGCCAGAACCAAUUCUCCGUCAAACUGCGGGCAACGCAAAAGCGAACUACCCUACCCACACCGCGCGUCUCCCCACGUCCACGCCCAAUUAAAAAAGACCUUGCGUUAUUCAAGCCAACUGCCAAUACGACACCUGGCGGGACUGGCGCCCGUUCCAUUGUCGCCCACACAAACCUCACUUUCCUGGCCGCAGUUAUGGCCAGCUUGCAUGGCCACCAUGCAUCGACGCUUGCCAAACGAGGCAAAAGAGACAAUAAGAUGCAGAAAGAAUGGACCAAUCGCAUCGUCCCGUGGUGUCUAUUGAGCCGUUCAGGCUAACAUCAUGCCCAUGGCUGGCUGGUAUUCUAUGUCGCCCGCACAGCAUGGCUGGCUGGUGUUCUAUGCCGCCCGCACAGCAUGGCUGUCCGCCCAAGUAUUGGGCAUUGCUGGUGGAAGCGUUUCCAUAUCAUGCCCUGCUACCCCGAUUGCUUUUGAUGAUUUGGUGUUUGGCUCUUCAUUUUCUUCUUCUUCUCUCUUGAAUUCCCCUUCUACCGAAUUACUAGCCUUUAGUUGGUUACCACAUCUUUACAAGCCCACUGUUUACAAACCACCAACCCUAUCAUGAAGGUCAGCGUACCAAUAGUCGCUGCCCUCGCCACUACCGCCGCGGCAUCGCCAUGGUGCUACUACCAUGCCGGAAGACCUUGCUGGAAGCGAAACGCUCUGCCUGAGCCUGCUGCAGACGCAGCUCCCGAAGCCAAUGCAGAGCCUUGGAGUUCGUGGAGCCUUCACCAUCCUAAUGGCCCCUACAAGAGAUCUCUUGAUGCUAUUGUAAAGGUUGCUCGUUCAAAAGCCCCCGAGGAUGUCCCUGUUGGCGACGCCGAUGAUGUUGCCUUUUUAGCCGAGAUGGCCCUCCACAAUCUUAUUGGUCUAGCCGCUGAUGCUCACGGGUCCCCAAAGGAUUACUUUGACUCCAUUGGUUUUACCCCAACGGAUGGCAAAGAAAUCCAGCGUCGAGCUGCUACGAUUGAUCCUCCCAAGGAGAAGCGCUGGUGCUACUAUCAUCCUAACCGCCCAUGCUGGAAAGUCCGCCGUGCUGCCGAAGAGUUUCUCAAGGAGGCACGCGGUGUUGAGGACAUGGGCAAGCUUGCCCCAGUUGCUCGAGCCGCACAUGAAAUUCUUGAAACUUUCUAAGGUCUGCUUUUUCUCAAUUGUAUGGAAAAGGGAUGAAGAAAGGUUGCUGACGUUCGUGUUGUCAAAGUAGUGGAUGAUGAUGAUGCGAACCCUAUUUGAACGAAACGGGUACCGGCCUGCCCUAUUAUGAAACAACGGACACAAUUCCUCGUAGGAAUUUACAAUAACUUCCUUUCCCCCUCAGUAGACACCUGUGUCAAGGGUGUGUACUUCUCGCGGUUGUGGCUCGACGCGCAACCUGGGUUUUUGAAUACCUACCAGGCGGGGAAUCGCCCGCCUUUUUUUUUCUCUUCCACGUUACAAACGCAGCGGUAUCCAAUGCAUGUAUAUAGUACUGAUAUAACAUUCACUCGUAUUUUCCAAGGCCAGGUCGUCUUUACACGCAAGUUGUGCAGUUUGUGAAUCAGUGUGUGAUUUAGACGGACGGAUCGUGUGAAGGCGUGUGUGCCUGCAGCAUGCAAGCAGCGUAGGUAGAGGGCCAACAAGAAAAUGGCACAAUCGGGGAGCCUAUGUUUUCAGCAUGGUACUACAGAUAUUGUGGCUGCAUCUACGGUAAAGGCGAUCACUGCGACUCGAAAGGGCCAUAGCUUCCCGAAGUCGUGCACAGUCGCCUGGCUCCCAAGCUUCGGUCGAAUAGACAAAAUCGCAGGCGGCACUAAAAAGAAUGACAAGUCAUAACACAAAUCAGGUGAAUGCAGGUAGGCAUGUACGUUCAAUCAUUGCGAUCCUCCUCAUUGGGCCACUUGGGACCGAGGAACACCGCACCCAAGAUUGUUCGCUUCAAUCUUCGUCUUAUGAAUCUCGGAAACCCAACAGUCGUCGGCAGGUGCCUCGAGCCGGAUUGUUUUAAACAAGAAACGUAGACGGUUAUUUUUGCGUUGU